AUGAGCGGUUCCAAAGAUCACGGCAAGAAGGGAAAGGAAGUUGAGGGUCUCGGCAUCAUGAACGUCGAGGUACCCACGCAGACGAAGAAGUCCGAGAGCAUGCCGAAACUUUGUACAUGUCAUUAUCUUUGCCAGCACAAGAAAUUUGCGCUAGAUGAGCAGAAUGAGGGGAAGAAAAAGGAAAAGAGACCAGAUGUUUAA